CACAGCCCGCCUCUCUCCACAGAGACAUGGCAGAGGCUCGAAUACCUGUGAGGAUGAACCGCCUGUGCUGUUCGAUCUGCAGCCAGGUUCUCGGGAAUCCUGUCACGGUUCCCUGUGGGCACAACUUCUGCAUGAGGUGUAUUCAGGACCGCUGGGAUCGCGAGGAGAGGAGCCGCUCUCCCUGCAGCUGUCCUGAAUGUGGCGACAGGUUUCCCAGAAGACCUCUGCUGAUCGAGAACACAACUCUGGCUGACUUGGUGAGGGACACACCGGCCCUGAAGAGAGCUCGGACCGGGUCGAAAACAGGAAGUCCUUUAUGUGGGAGGCACAGCAUCUCACUGGAUGUUUACUGCUGCACAGAUGAGAAGGUCAUAUGCCAAGAGUGCGCCUCAUCUGAGCACACAGGGCACACUUUUGGGUUUGUGAGCAGGGAAAGAAGAAGGAAUCAGGAAGAGCUGAAGAACAUACAGAUGAAAUCCCAGCAGAUUCUCCAGAAACAUGAGAAGAAACAGAAGAACUUGAAGAAGGCUCUUGAACGGAUUCAGGAGGAGGCGAGGAACACAGAGGACCACUGCGAGGCCGUCCUGGCCGGCGUCAUCGACGCCAUCCAGAGACAUUUCCUGUCACUGAAGAAGGUGAUCGGAGCUCAGGGGGAGGCGACGGCAGCCCGUGUUCAGACCUCUCUACAGACCCUGGAGGUGAGGAUGAAUGAAAUGAGGGAGAGGAGCGCUGAGCUGGAGCGUCUGGCACAGACUGACGACGACGUCCAUUUCUUGGAGAGAUGGCCCUCUGUGCGGCGCCUCCAUGAAGAGGACCAUCCUCAUCCUCUCGGUGGGGCCUCAGAGGAUCCUCUUCGCCCCUUUGAGCUCACAAAGAGAGCCGUCGAUAAGCUCGGGAGGCAGCUGGAGGUAUUUUGUGACACAGAAUUUGCAACGAUCUCUCGAACCGCCGACAGUGGAGAGUCAGGAGGAGAGACAGGAAGAGAGACAGAGGAGGACGGCAUGCAGCAAAGAUGUGAAGCCAGCACCUCACAGUCCCACGGAGUGAACAUCACUGUGACUGAACAGACUGUGGAGCCUAAAACCAGAGCAGACUUCCUGCAGUAUGCAUGUGGCCUCAGCCUGGACCCCACCACCGCUCACCAGGACCUGGCCAUUCGUGCCGGAGACAAAGAGGUGAGGAACGAUAAAAGCUCAACUAUGUUUCACCCUGAGAGGUUUCUGCACAGGCGGCAGGUGCUGUGCAGGGAGGGCCUGCAGGCCGAGCGCUGCUACUACGAGGUGGAGGUGAAGGGAGACAAGGCUGAGAUCGCCCUCGCCUACAGAGGAAUGGACAGGAAAUCCCGCUCCAGCCUGUCUGCUUUUGGGGGCAAUGCAUAUUCCUGGAGUCUCGAUCGCUCCAGAAACUACUCAGUGAGCCACAGAGGUGAGAGCGUCCAGCUCACAACACCCCCCAGUCAGCACAGGAUAGGCAUCUAUCUGGAAUUCAAAAAGGGAGCACUGUCUUUCUACGAGGUGUCAGGCAGCAUGAAGUUUCUUUACAAGGUGGAAGCUAAAUUCACGGAGGCGCUGUACCCCGGCUUCUGGCUCGGAGAGAAAUGCUGCAUCAGGAUCUGUGAUCUGAGACACGACCGACUGUGAACCACAGAGGAAGUCUGAGUUUGAGUUUUGAACGAUUCAACUUUUUCAUGAGCAAAUGGACUUAUAUUUAGCUUCUUGUCCACUGAAGUUAUUUGUAUCUUACAUGUGGGGUUGCCCAAAAUAAAGCAGUGGGUGCCUCGGACCCCUCUGGAGUCCAUCUAAACAGGUUGUUCUAUAUAUGUUUUAUACUUGACUGCCAGCUCCCUACAUGUCACUGAGCUUUUACCGUUUACUUAAAUUAUAUCUCAGGCCCCUUUGUGUUACGGCUCUUUGUCUAUUAUAAUGUGUUCAAUUUUUUAUUUCAUUCUGUCUGUGUUUUAAAUGUGCUCUGUUUUAUUCUAAUGUACUUUAUAACUGUAUGAAUUCAGUUUAUCACUGUAAUAUAUGACCUCAGGGACCUCUGCAGGGACAUGGACCACCGAAGAACAAGCUUACAGAUGAAUUCAACACAACGCAGCAUUUUGUUACAUGUUGUACAACUUUCAAAAUGUUUUCACUUUUAUGGUAGUUUCAUGUUAUUGUCGUUCUUACACACACACUCUCACAUGGCGGCAAUUUUUAUUCUGAAAAUACAGCAGCUUGCAAAAUUAUUAUUACCUUUAGUCUAAUACCUUUGAAUAAAAUCCAGUGCGACCAGUUGCCUUCAGAAGUCACCUAAUGGAAAUUAAAGUUAGAGUAAAUGGAGUCCACCUGUGUGUAAUCUAAUCUC